UGGGUGAGCCCCUUUCCUGACGCACGCCUGGUAUGCAAACAUAAAUUUAGCAGCAACGUGUUUGGAGGAACAAAAUAUCUGGACGCGACCGUGAAGUGUCAUGUCGUCUCCAGCACUCCUUGGCUGACUUUUACUUUUUUUUUUUUUUUUUUUUUUUUUUUUUCUCCUUCUGUGUAAACUGGAGUCGGGAGCGCAGCGCGGAGAGGACAGCAGACCUCUUUACUCCCUGAGUGACUGUGGACAGACCGGGACAGACGGGACAGGAGAGCUGCUGGAAGAGAGAGAGAGGGGGGGUGAAGGCAAUCAACAGUUGUCUCUAUACAGUUUUUUUGAAAUCGGCUUGAAUUGAUAUAGCGUGAGAGAUGACAGGAGGCUGCUUGUGGACGACUGGGCUGCUUCUUGUCGCUGUUUGUGUGGAGGUUGCUGUAUGGGCCAAUGAUGGGGACGCAGUGUUCAUCAGGGAAUUCACUCUAAUUCGACGAGACCACCUUCCAGAAGAGCCCCUUCAUGAUGUCAGCCAAAAACCAGAAGAUCCUAGCUCACGGACGGCCCGAUCAGAGGAGGACAGAGACACUCUGUGGGAUGCCUGGGGCUCAUGGAGUGAAUGCUCCCGUACCUGUGGAGGAGGUGCCUCAUACUCCCUCAGACGAUGCCUCAGUUCCAAGACUUGCGAAGGGCAGAAUAUCAAAUAUCGCACAUGCAGUAAUGUGGAUUGCCCUCCAGAUGCCGGUGAUUUCCGCGCCCAGCAGUGUUCAGCUCACGCAGACGUGCAGUACCAGGGUCAGUACCAUGAGUGGCUACCUGUGUACAAUGACCCGGACAACCCCUGCGCUCUCAGGUGCAAAGCCAAGGGCAUGGGCCUUGUGGUGGAGCUGGCCCCCAAGGUGCUGGAUGGGACACGCUGUUACACCGAGUCCUUGGACAUGUGUAUCAGUGGAGUCUGCCAGAUUGUAGGUUGUGAUCAUGAGUUGGGGAGCACAGCAAAGGAGGACAACUGCGGCAUCUGCAAUGGAGAUGGCUCGUCCUGUAGACUGGUGCGAGGACACUACAAAUCCCAGCAUGCUUCAGGAAAAACUGAGGACACAGUUGUCAUCAUCCCCUAUAAGAGUCGUCAUGUACGUCUAGUCCUGAAAGGCCCGGAUCACUUGUAUGUGGAGAGUAAAACUCUACUGGGGGUAAAAGGUGAGUUGGUGUUGGAUAAAUCAGGGCAGUACCACCUGGAGAACACCAGCUUGGACUUCCAGAAACUUUCAGACAAGGAGGUCCUGAGGAUCACUGGUCCACUUGGAGCUGAUUUCACAGUCAAAGUUCAGUUUGUCUCUGGAGCAGACAGCGUGGCUCAGUACAUCUACUACCAGCCCAUCAUCCACCGCUGGAGAGAGACCGACUUCUUCCCUUGCUCCGUCACAUGUGGUGGAGGGUACCAGCUAACCUCAGCAGAGUGCUUUGACCUUCGGAGUGGCCGGGUGGUUGUGGAUCAGUAUUGCCAUUAUUACCCGGAGAACAUCAAACCUAAACCCAAACUCCAAGAGUGUAACAUGGAGCCCUGUCUGGCCGGUGACGGCUACAAGCAAAUCAUGCCAUAUGACCUCUACCACCCCCUGCCUCGAUGGGAGAGCAGUCCCUGGACUGCCUGUUCCACCUCCUGCGGUGGAGGCAUCCAGAGUCGCUCAGUAUCCUGCGUGGAGGAAGACAUGCAAGGUGUCAUCACUCCCACUGAGGAAUGGAAGUGUCUCUACUCCCCCAAGACAGCCAUACUACAGCCCUGCAACACAUUCGACUGCCCCACCUGGCUGGCACAGGAGUGGUCACCCUGCACGGUGACCUGUGGUCAAGGCCUGCGCUACAGGGUGGUGUUAUGCAUCGAUCACAGAGGACUACAUGCUGGAGGUUGUAACCCCACCACCAAACCCCACAUCAAGGAGGAAUGCCUGGUGACUGUGCCCUGUUAUAAGUCCAUAGAAACGCUCCCAGUUGAGGCAAAACCUGUGUGGCAUAAGCAGGCCAUAGAGCUGGAGGAGGAGAUCAUUGUUACUGAGGAACCAACUUUCAUCCCUGGUCCCUGGCAGACCUGCAGCAGGACAUGUGGCGCUGGGACACAGCAACGAACCGUCAAGUGCCAGGUGCUGCUGUCCUUCUCCCAAACUGUUGCUGACCUGCCCGAUGACGAGUGUGAGGGGGUCAAACCUGCUACAAGUCAGCCCUGUUACCGCACUCCCUGCUCCGGUGUUUUGGGCAGAGGAAAAGAAAGUGAAAAGGAAGGGGAGGAAGUGGAGGAGGAGGAUGAGAAGGAGGAGACACCUGAAAGAGAGGAACUGCACGAUUGGGAGUAUGAGGGGUUUACGGAGUGCUCAGAGAGUUGUGGGGGAGGUGUCCAGGAGGCUGUAGUCAUCUGCCUGAACAAGCAGACCAGGGAGGCAGCAGACCACAGCCUGUGUGUGAGCUCCCGUCGACCCCCUCAACUCCUCCAAGACUGCAAAACUCAGCCUUGCCCACCUAGGUGGGAAACAGGAGAGUGGAGCUCAUGCUCUGCUACUUGUGGGGUUGGCCUGAUGACCCGUACUGUGGUGUGCACUCACCGGCCCACUCGGGACAGCAACCGUACGGAGGUUUUGAGGGAUGGAGACUGUCAGAACCCCAAGCCCACUCCUGUCCAAGCCUGCAACCGCUUUGACUGUCCUCCUAUGUGGGACUCACGUGACUGGGGACAGUGCUCCCGGACCUGCGGUGGUGGAUUUCAAAGGAGGCAGAUCCUGUGCAAACAGCGGUUGGCAGAUGGCAGCAUCCUGGAGCUGCCUGACACCUUUUGCCCUUCCAAGAGCCCUGCAAACCGGCAGCCCUGUGCCAAGCAAGAGUGCCCACCUCAAUGGGUAACAACAGACUGGUCCCAGUGUUCAGUGACCUGCGGAAAUGGCAUUCAGAGACUACAGUCAGUCUGCAGAAAACAAGGUGAAGAUGGAGGACAUUGGACUGUAAACCCCGAGAACUGUUCGCUGAUGGCCCGGCCCACCAGAAUCCGGCCAUGCUCCCUUCGGCACUGUGAGAACUCUGCCAAGCCUGAUCCCACCAUACUUGCCCAGAGGAAGGUGUAUAUCCAGUGGAGAAAGGGCAAAAAGUUACACCUGGUAGUGGGAGGCUAUGCCUACCUUCUCCCUUGGACAACUGUGGUUCUUCGCUGCCCAACUCGCCACUUUCGCAAAGGCCAAAUUCAGUGGUUGAAGGAAGGAAAGCCCUUGGUCAGCCUUCCACACCUCUCCAUUACACCACUAGGAUACGUGAAGAUUCAGCAGGUGCGUGCAUCUGAUGCAGGGAUAUACACAUGCAUUGCAGGUCCAGCACAAGAACAUUUUGUCCUGCAAAUCAUUGGCAGCAAGCAGAAGCUUUCUGUUCCAGAGUCAUGGCUCUUCACAGAUGGACAACAAAAGGUUGGGCAGCCAAAUGUGGCCUCAACAGGAGAAAGGUUUCAGGAGUUACCCAUCUCCCUCAACCAGUAUGACAACAUUGUUGAGCAUUUGCUUGAACUCAAAGGCUCUCUCCAAGAUGGAAAAGACAUUUUUGAUAAACCACACUCCAGUGAAAAGAAUAGGUCGACCCUGGAGGAUGAGAGCUCCGAACUUUCAAGCCUGCUUGUACUCAUCGCUGAUAUCCACAGGCUAGAUGAGAUCACACACAACCUCUCUCAAGGCCUCAGAGGACCAUGGAGGGAACAACUCAUCACUCAAUUGCUCAGUGAGCUCUCCGUGACACAAGGUGAAACCAAUGAGUCUACUCUCCAUCCUCCGGAAAGUGCAGAAUCCUCCACGCAAGGACCCCUCCUUUACAAACCAAACAUCAAAGCGCACACAUCCAGACCAAGAAGCCCAGUGAUAAUCCAACGGUCCAGGAAGGUUGGAGCGGUGCCAUCGUCUGACAUGAUAGUUCACAUGGGAGUGCCAAUUUUGCUGCAGAAACCCAUUGCUAGUUUAGAGCUGAGGUGUGAGGCACUGGGGAACCCUCAACCAUCCCUAACAUGGACAAAGAAUGGAAAAGAGUUGAACUUCAACGGCAGAGUAGGCCUGUUGCCCACCGGCUCACUGAGGAUCCAGUCUCCAAGCAAGACGGAUGAGGGUCAGUACACCUGCACUGCAAGGAACCGUCUUGGUUCUUCAUCUCUUUCGUCUUGGCUGCAGGUUACAGGUGGUGUGGGAAGAAACUGUGUCCAAGGUAAUGAUAUGAGAGCAAAUGGUCGUAUUUGCUCUGAGAGGAGUAACAACAGCCAGUCUGAGCUGUGCCAUGGACAAGCCUGCCCCCUCAGGUGGAGAGUGGAUCCUUGGUCACCAUGUUCAGCCAGUUGUGGAGGUGGGUCCCAAAUCAGGAGUGUCCGCUGCAUGAAGGGUCCUGAGGGCAGAUCAAAAGAGAUGGGGAACCAGCACUGCCUUGGCACAGGGAGGAGACCCUCUGACACCAGGCUAUGUAACCAACUGCCCUGUGCCAGAUGGGCCACUACCCACUGGGGACUGUGUCAUGGUCAAUGUGUGGGACCCAGUUUGGCCACACAGCAUCGCCAUGUUUUCUGUCAGGACACAAAUGGCACCAAAGUCCCCAACAGGAUGUGUAGUGGACUCCAGAGGCCCAGCUCCCUGAGGAAUUGCUCUACAGAGAAUUGUGCCCUUCAUUGGCAUAUCGGCCCAUGGACGCAGUGUACCGCCACCUGUGGGAGGCAUGGUUUCCAGUCACGCCAGGUGACCUGUGCACACCGUCGAACUGGAAAGGCCACACGUGAACAUCACUGCAUGUGGAGGCCACGACCUCCCAGCUGGCAGAGAUGCAAUAUUUUGUCCUGUGGCAGAGCAGGAGAGUGUCGAGACAGCACAAGGUACUGUGAGAAGGUCAGACAGCUGGAGCUUUGUCCACUGCCCCAGUUUAAGAGCCGCUGCUGUCAUUCCUGCCUAAAUACCUGAGGCCGGGAUGUAACACAAGGGCCAUGGACAACCUAGAUAUGUUGGGGAAGAUCCACAAACGGCCAACAGAGACUAGAAACCUCUAUGCCCCAUCCUUAGACCCACAAUGGUCUUCAAUGAUCAGUCUUGGAUGGAGAUGAGUUUGGAGGAAUGUUUGUAUGGUCAUACCUAGAAAGGCUGUGAUCUACUGUCCUCAAAGAUAUCAUGUGUGGGUUUGAAUUUGAAAGUUUUGAGAGGAGUGACGUGACUGUUAAUGAAGGCUUCAGUUUUAUUUCUUUUUUUAAAAUCUGAAGUUCAUGCCAACAGCUUUCCUAAAUUAUGCAAGUGAUAAAAGUGUGACUGCAGUGUUUCAUAAAGGGGAACUCAUAAAGACGCAUUAGACUGGUGACUAACAAUUUGCCCACCAUGGGAUGUGGGUGUAGUUUCCUAAAACAAAUGGAACAAUAGUACUGCACAAUCAUUUCAUGUGCAAAAUAGGGUGCAUUAUCAUGCAAUUGAGCUUACACUACACAAAUAUGUAAUUCCUAUACUUUGAAUUGAUUGAUUUAAUACCCAGGGAUUCUGGGUAAACCCCAGGGCUUUUGAUAACCACUGGAUAGUUGUGUGUUCACCUUUAUUGUAAUGGUCUCCAAAACAGUGUUGAUAAAUAGUUUUUAUGCUAAAUAAGCUUUUAUUAAUGAGAUAUGGGUAAACUUGUUUUUAAACCAAAAUACAGCAUAAUGCUGUAUAUAAAUUGGAAAUGACUAACAUGACGAAAAGUCUAAUGUUUCAUAAAUAGUAUACAUUGCUAUCAGCCGCAUGGGAAACAGAUCAUCACCGAGUCAUUUAGCACAGGCUGGCCACACGUUUUGGUCAAGUCAUUGGAAGAAAAAAGAAAUUAGGAUUGCAUAUGUUUUAAGUGUAAUUUUGGCUGAAUAAAAAGUAGGACAUGAUAAAGAUUUAUCUUGCAUGGGUUGCACUAUGGAGGUGUAUGACUGAAGCAAGUCAAUUUUUGGGAAAAAAAAAGACACUUAUUUUGCACUCAACUCAUCCAAGUCUUUGUUAAGAACAUGGCUUGUAGAGUUUUUCUUUGUAAAGUUACAUUGUUUAUAUAUUUUGUUUUCUUGAUUUAAGAUAUUUGUUAAAAUGUCCCUUUAACCACUUACGUGACGUUACAGCACGUUUAAACGUGAGGUGAAAAUAAUAGUUCCACACUGAGCUAAUAAAGCUCGGGUCCUGUCCACCAAAUGAUAUUUUUCGCUUUAGUGUGACAUUUUAGGAAGUUACAUUUCACAGUUCUUAUGUAACUCUUCAACUGUGUUUAAAGAUCAUCAUUAACAUACCAUAAUUACAUUACUGGGCCAGAUAGACAGGGUUUGCACUUUUUACAUUAUGUCCUGGGUUCCACAAUUCAUCAUCAUCAAGUGUGAAACAUACCUUAGCAGGAGACUACUUAGCCUUUCAUUAAGGUGUGAUUAUUUGAUUUUAUGAGAGGAAAACAUAAUUAACAUAUUACUUAUGCUCUUAAGUUAUGUAGAUAUUUGUUUUGUCCUUUUAACUAUUUAUUUUCAUGUGUGUUCUUGUGCAUAGUUUUGUAAAUAAUUACAGUGGUGGGUUUUAAGUAUUCAUUUCCCUUCAGUUUCUUUUGGUAUUUGAUGUGCAUGCAAUGGGGACCCUCUGCUGGUGACUUGAUGUUUUGCUCUCUGCUCAUGCCUGGUUAAUCAUGAAAUAAAACCAAAUACAUUCCUUUUA